GAGGCCUGCAGGCCGCAGCCCCACCGAGCCUGAGGGACCCGGGCUGCAGGGCGGGGAGAACGGGGUGGCUCUCCCUUUCUCUUCGCUGGGAUCCAGGCGCCUGGGUAGGGGAUCCUGACUACAGACAGCGCACCCGCUCCUCUGUGAUUUGCAAGUGUAUAUGUCAUUUGUCAGAGUGAACCGUUAUGGUCCCCGGGGAGGAGGAAGGAAAACCCUGAAAGUAAAGAAGAAGAAAACGCCAGUGAAGCAAGAAUGGGAUAACACUGUGAAUGACCUAACAGUUCAUCGGGCAACUCCUGAAGACCUGGUACGUCGCCAUGAAAUACACAAAUCGAAGAAUAGAGCAUUAGUACACUGGGAACUCCAAGAAAAAGCCUUGAAGAGAAAAUGGAAGAAACAGAAACCAGAAAUUUCUGAUCUUGAGAAAAGGAGAUUAUCUCUCAUGAAGGAGAUUCUUUCUGAUCAAUACCAGAUGCAGGAUGUAUUGGAAAAAUCUGAUCAUUUGAUGGCUGCAGCAAAAGACCUGUUUGUUGAUUUUCCUCGUAGGCGCACAGCGUUUCCUAAUGUAACAGUGGCUCCCAAUUCCUCUCAAGGUCCCAUCGUGGUAAAUCAGGACCCUGUCACCCAGGCCAUCCUUAGUGAAUCUGCUGUGGAGCCUCAGGCUCUUAAUGAAGUGGAUAAUGAUGAAGAAGAAGGAACUGUUAACAGCCAGUCAGAAGAAAGCGAGAAUGAGUUGGAUAACUCUGUCGACUCUCAGUCUAACAUGAAUACAGACAGGUUUCUCCACCAACUAAAGGAAGAUAAUUCUGAGUUAAUUAAUAAACUGUGGGCUGAUAUUCCGCAGAAAAUAACAACACAGUCACAAAUAACAACCCCUCCAGGAACCCCAUCAUCUGCCCCUCCACUAGGGGAACAAAAAGCCGCUCUGAAUGCUACCAAUGCUGUCAAGAGAAUCCACACCAGGCUUCAGCCUGAAGAAGCAGCUGAGACUCUAGACUCGAGCUGUGCUGCGAGACAAGUGCUGAACUCAAGGAAGCAAAAGCAACUGUUUAAUAAAGUGAAAAGAAAACCAGAUUUGCAUGCUCCUUCCAAGCAGAAGAAAAACACGUCAUCAGCCAGCACAGCCUCCGCAGACCUACCCAGUAGCGGUAACCCCAGCCUGGAAGUCCUCAAGCACAUGAUCCAUGAAGUGGAGCACGAGGUGGAAGAAUACGAGCGGUGGACAGGCCGCGAGGUCAAGGGGCCGCGGAGCAGUCAGGGUCUCACAGGCUUCACCCUGUCGCUGGUGAGCUCCCUCUGUCGCCUGGUUCGGUACCUUAAAGAGAGUGAGCUCCAACUGCGUAAAGAAGUAGAGACGAGGCAGCAACUGGAACAAGUGUUAGGUGAUCAUCGAGAGCUCAUCGAUGCUCUGACAGCUGAAAUUCUUCUUCUUAGAGAAGAAAAUACUGCUACCCAGGCGAGGCUUCAGCAGUACAUGGUCACAACAGAUGAGCAGCUUAUAUCACUUUCACAUGCCAUUAAGAACUGUCCUGUAAUAAAUUUCAACAAAGAGAGUCAGGCAUCAGAAAAGGGAGCCACGAGUAGAAGAAUUAUAGACAGUCCAGAGGGUCCAACUGUAAAUGCUAAUGUCUCCGUGCCAUUGACGUUCAGAGGGGAAGAAGUGGUUGAAUUCCCACAGGAAGACUUGCCGGUUAAACUGCCUCAGGUGCCAGACCUGCCAGAUAGUGUGAAUUUGGCCAACAAUUUUCCAGCACAUAUAUUUGAGCCAGCUGUGUUGUUAACACCACCCAGGCAGAAGAGCAACUCAGAAUUCUCUCCUCUGCAGGAUGUAUUGAGGAGGACUGUUCAAACUCGUCCUGCUCCACGAAUUCCUCCCACUGUGGAAAUAAUUGAGAAGGAACAAAAUUGGGAAAAGAAGACCUUACCUACUGGCACAGACAUUCAGAAUUCAAGUGAUGAGAGUCGUCUCUUCACCCAGAGGUGGAGGGUCUCUCACAUGGGAGAAGAUUUGGAGAACAAAACCCAGGAUCCUUUUGUUAACCUCUCCCAACCCCUCUGCAGUUCCCAUCCAAACGCUCAGCAUUCAAGAAACCCCACAUUCUUGGACGAGCCCCCCAUACUGGGAGAUGGGCAACAGCUUAGAACAAAGGAGGCAUUAAUACAAAGAAAGGACAUCAUGGCACGAAUUGCUGAGCUGACACUGCAGAAUUCAGCUAUCAAGGCGCAUCUGAAUAAUAUCAUUGGGCCAGGGGGAGAGCAAGGGGAUGGACUUCGGGAAUUAAACAAACAGGAGACGAGUCAUGCAGGUGACAUGACUGCCACUUUCCCAGCAGCGCAACCUCUAACACCGAGCAGCAUGGAGGAGCGGAUUGCGGAACUGACUCGGCAGAGUAUGGAGGCUCGUGUGAAACUCCUGCAGUUAAUAGAACAGCAGAAGCUUGUGGGUUGGAAUCCGUCCUCCCCCCCAGUAUCACCUGUUCAGUCACCUCUCGGAGCAUGGACUGAAGGAGGAAAGAGGACAAUCGAGGUGUCUAUUCCAGGAGCAGAAGCCCCAGAAAGCUCAAAAUGCAGUACUAUCUCUCCCACCAGUGGGAUAAGUACAAGAAGAUCUUCAGGAGCUACUAGUAAUUCUUGUUCUCCGUUAAACGCCACCUCAGGAAGUGGACGAUUCACACCUCUUAAUCCAAGAGCAAAGAUUGAGAAACAAAAUGAAGAGGGCUGGUUUGCCCUGUCUACCCAUGUGUCCUGAGUGAAGUCGAGUUUUACCGAGUUUGUUCUCAGUAAUAUAUUCUUGAGCUUCUAGUCCCUUUUCGCUGCUCCUGCUUUCAAGUUUUUAUGUCCUUCUUUUAGAUAAAACCUACAAAGAUCUUGUGACUUAGUACCAAUGGAAAAAAGAAAUAAAGCAAUUAUUUUUAUUUUUACCUUUUGAAAUCAAUUCCAACAACCAACCAACCUACAACCUCCUGUGAAUAAAAUUUUGACUGUAGAGAAAUUAAACUUUUAAAGAUUUUAUUUAUUUAUUUUCCCCCCAAAGCCCCAGUAGAUAGUUGUAUGUCAUAGCUGCACAUUCUUCCAGUUGCUGUAUGUGGGACGCGGCCCCAGCAUGGCCGGAGAAGCGGUGCGCGCCCGGGAUCCGAACCCGGGCUGCCAGCAGUGGAGCGCGUGCACUUAACCGCUAAGCCACGGGGCCGGCCCUAAACUUUUAUAGUCUAAUAAUUUCAUAGGUAUUUUAGGAUUUUUUAAGUAAUACAUUUUUACCUGUAUCAUCUUUAUUCAGAUUUUUUUUUUUGGUGUAGUAUAUCGUAAAUGUUGAUCUGUUUCAUUUUUAUUUUAUUUUUUUCUGAAGAACUAAGUUACUUUGCAUAUAACUUACAAUAAAAUGUCUCUGUGUGAUUAAAGUCUGGCUUUCAGAAAAAUUUAACAUCCCCUUUUGGUUUUUUUUGGGGGGAGAAGUCACUGUAGCCGUCACUUUUUCCAUCAAGUGGAAUGUACAGCUUUAAAAAGUAGGUGUGGGAAUAUUUGUUUAUAUUUGUUUAAAUAGGUAAAAGUGGUUAUAUCUAUUAUAAAAUUCUUAUGUAGUCUUUAAAUGUGAAAAUGUCAUCAAUAAUGGUAACGUACAUCAAAUAAAUAAUGGUUGUAGAGCUCACCUGUCUAAAUGCAAUAAAAUUGAUUUAUUGGCAUAUUUAGCGUUUGCAACAGAAUUGAAUACAAAAGUUGCUAUCAGUUUUCCCAGCCCUGAAUUGGCUUUUGGGGUAGGUUUUUCUUCAAGGCACUUGUUUGGCUCUGAAACAUUCGUUUCUAUUUUCAGCUUGCUUUCUGAAUUAUCUCUGUCCCUUGGCUGUAUGAUAGGAAUUC